AAGUCUUGACGUAAAAUUUUCCAUUCUAUUGGUUUUUCAUACUUUUUACGCUUUAAAAUUUUUCCUGAAUUAGGUUUCGUUUUAGUUGAUGGUUCCCUUUUUGAAAUCCAUUUGUUAAUAAACUGUUUUUCUCCUUCUCCCAAAGGAGCAUGGCAUACUAAUUAAUAAUGAGGCCAGAAAAAAAAAUCAAUUUUUUUUUUAAAAAAAAGGGUUUUAACAAAAAGAUUCCACUAUUUACAUUUUGGGUUAAGGUAGUUUCGCCAGCGAUUACAAAUUUGACGUUGAUCGUAAGGAAUUAUUUUAGCGAUUUCCACGAACGGGCUGCGUUCUUUCUUUGUUUCAAACUCUGCCAUCUUAUCCAAAAUAGUUUGAUCACUCUGCAGACAAAAAUAUCUUCUCUUUUUUACACCUUUCAUGAACUUUCGUGGUUUCUUAUUUUUCAAUUUUUUCUUGAUUCCUUCAUUGAUCCUCUUUUUUAUUUCCUUUACGGGUUUUUCUUUAUCGAACAAAAGUGCAUCCUUCGUAGAUUCUUCUUUAAUUAUUUUCCUCGCUGAUUCUUUUUCACUCAAAUUUGGAUACAUUAUUAAACUUUAUAAUGUUGAAAUUG